GCGCUAUACCUUGUUCUUUGUCUCUCGGCUUUCCACUGCACCGUUUCCGCAGAUCUGUUCUCGGAGUAUGCUCAUCAUGCAGUUUUGGACACAGCGGAGAAGAUAAAGUUGUUUUGGACCGUUGAUUGGGACGCUGAAAGCGUCUCUUUCGCCUUGGAGGCGGCCACCACUGGAUGGGUUGGAUUUGGGUUCUCUGGUCGUUCUGGGCAAAUGGUCGGCAGUGAUCUCGUGAUCGGAUGGGUCAAAGACAACAAGGGAUAUCUCACGGUGAGAGCAACGAUUUGAAUACGAAGUCAUCAUUUGUCUACUAGGUUAUAAAUUGAAUUCAGUAGACAUUUAAUGAGACAUAUGUCCUAACACAGUUAAGCUUCCUUUUGGGAAUUAACAUAUUUGCAAAUAUUCAUAAAAAGUCAGACUGUACCGCAUAAAUAAUUUUGCUAGUAUAUAUUUAUUAUUAUACAGAGUGGUUAAGCUCGCGUAGAGUUCAUCGCCCAAAAUUUUUUACUAGUAUAUAUAUUGUGUCUUACAGGAUCAUUGCUUACGCGUAGAAUUCUUCACCCAAAUUUUUUUACUAGUAUAUAUGUGUUUUUUUCAAAUAAGAUAAUUUUUUUACUGAGUAAAGUUGUUCGCACAAAGUUAUUUAUACAGUACUGUCUGACUUUUUCGCGAAACUCGCACAAGUGUAUAUACCGCUUCCCAUUUGAUUAUUUUGUUUCCGCGUAUAAUGAAGGACUGAGUGUCAGUCUGCGAGCAGAUGUUUCUUCAUCGAAGGUAGUCUAGCUGGCUUACGGUGAAGAAACCACUGCUAGCGGGAUCAGUAGUAUAAGAUUACAUAAACUGACGAAUGUUUGCUAACAGGACUCAAAACGUGACUAUUGUGUUUCAUUUUUCCGGGGCUGCGGGAGUAUAUGAACAUAUUUGUGGUUUCAAUUCCAAAUGAAUAAGAAGGAAAGAGCAAUAUGGGAAUUGGUAAUGGACUUCAAGAAUUAUUUUUGAUGACGUUCUAAUGUAAAUAAUAAAGACUGAAUUGUUUUAGAAACCAGGUCUGAAAUGGGUUUGGACAAUGACAUUUUUGGUCUGAAAUGGGGCCAGGAUUUGGAGAGCCGAGCGGCACGCCUCCACCAAGAAUUCCCAGGAGUACUCCCCGGGCAAAUGUAGCAGGGAUCUUUAAGAUCACUAUAAAUACCUGAGCUCCCAGGCAAUGACGUAACAGGGCCAGUCCGCGCUGGGAGCUUAAGCAAAGACGUUUUCGUGCCACGCGCGUCAACCGGAAUUGAGGCCUUCUACCUUUUUAUGGACCUUGACGCUAAUAAAUUUGUAUUGCUAAGUGUCUUUACUCUUAUAAAGACAAUUUACCCAAGCGUUUGAACCAAACCACUGCCCAAUGAUGCAAAAAGUCAACUACCGGUUGACGUCCGUCGGUCAAAAACGAUGUUGCUUAAGCUCGCUAUUGUUUUUAUGAAGGAGAUAACGGCGCAACGGGGUUUCUUCGUCUACUACCGAUAAAAUUGUAACCUGCUUCGCAGACGCUCUAAGCCGUCUGUAUGAUGCGUGCGACGCAUGCAACGCAGGCUAAUCACACUGUUAAGACAGCGUAAUAUGCAGAACCAGACUUUAAGUUUCGCCGAAAAGAACCAACGCCUUAUUUGACAGUGACCAACUUGGGCAGGAGUUUGAUCCAACGUCCUAUACAUAAAGAUCUGCGGGAGAGGGGUAAAGAAGGCCCUAACAAUUGUUACACACGCAUGCAAAAUACAGCUCGACUGCACAAAGUGUUCGUCAGUGUUUUUAAGACUUUUACAUGGAUAGAAGGCAAAAGACGAAUUAUUCUUCUGCGCAUCUCAAGCGACAAACUGAGACAGAUUUACCCUAUUCAGUCCGGAGGGGGUAGGAAAGGUUUUUGAGGCCCCCUCAAUUCAAGUUUGAUUGAGAUUCUAUCACAUGACCAAGGAGGCAGGAGAUCACAUGAGAUAGCACAGCGCAUGGGUCAGAUAUGAUCCAGAUUCCCAUAUUUCGCAUAAGAAUAACAGGGAUGGGAUCUCAUAGCUGACGGGGUGGGCAUGUGAUCUCCUGCCACCUUGGUCAUGUGAUAGAAUCUCAAUCAAACUUCUACUUACAGGUAAGUCUCGUUUAAUUUUCCAAUUCUAUCACAUGACCGGAGGCAUGGAGAGCCCAUGAGACUUCAAAGCUCUGACACAGCUAUCUAAGUAUGUCAUAUAAAACAAUUGCAUACCAAUUGUAAAUAUAUAUAUUAAUUUGAAUACUAUUGAUGUUCAAUCAAUAAAAAGUUUGUUAGCUAACUCGUAUAAUGGAUAUCAUAUCAAUAAAUCAACAAAGUAUAUUAAUAUAUCAAUCAAGAAAUUCACUCAUGCUGCAGAGUGUAUAGUGUCAUUACAUCUUGACAUAAGAACAAUAACAUUUUAUAAGAAAAAAGAUAAGUGAAUCUAAGACAAAACUGCUUCUGCUAGUGUUGCUCCUUUUGAGCCUAGCACUGGUUUAU